AUGGUGUACAACUUUUGGCACAACAUAACUGCAGCCAGGCUUAGAGGCAUGGUUUCUACAGCCAAAGGUAAUAACCAGAGGCCGAGACAAAAGGAAGGUGCUGAGCCUUCCAUGUUGCGAGUUCUAAGAGAGACUCAUAGGAGACCAGAUGGUACAUAUGCUGAUGGAAGGACCGAGUACAUUGACCAAGAGAUUCAGAGACAACUCGAACAAUCAGCUCAGAGGCAGGCAGAAGAAGCACCUCUUGGAUCCGAAACAGCAUCUGGAACUGGUGGUUCGGCUUUGACUCAACCUGAUGAGGACGAGCUGUUUUGGCAGCUUGUCGAGCCAAGUCAAUCAGGCCGUGUAUUUGGUGUUGGUGGACAGCAGCCCAUACGCGAGCGCGGUGAAAGUUCUACCAUGGCAGCAUCAAGAGUCACCCUCGAGCGCCAAGUCCAGGUAUUGGAGCAACAACUGGCUACGGUGAUUCAGCAAAUGAACCGCUACCUUCCGUCUGAUGGUUCUGAGCCAAACAUUUCCCCCCACGCCACGCACUCAAGGAGCUAUGGGUUCUGGAACUGGUCACGUCGAGCCAAGUACGGUAAAUGGUGA